AUGCCUCGCUCCUGCGCCUCCCCGAUCUCCACCCCCGCUGGCCUCCACUUCCCCCGCCACCACACGUCCGGCCUCCGGUUCCCUCCAAAGCUGGUCCACCCCGGCGGGGCCCUCGCGCCCCCUGCCCGCCCGCCUGCCCCCGCGCCCUACAUCCUCUUGGCAGCCAAAACCCAGGGGGAAUGUAGGGAGAGCACUCAAGCCCUCCUCCAGACUCUUGGGAGCCUAGGGAGCUUUUUGCAUCAAGGAGAACGAGGGGCGGGCGCGGCAGUCACCACAGAGAAUCAGGUCGUCUGGGCCCAGGCACUCCCUCCUGGAACUUCCGCGCAGAGGGCAGAACUCAUAGCACUCACGCAGGCUCUAAAAUUGGCAGAAGAAAUCUUCCCCCGUUAUGGAAUGCCUCAGGUACUGGGAACAGACAAUGGGCCCGCCUUCGUCUCCCAGGUAAGUCAGUCAGUGGCCACCUUGUUGGGGAUUGAUUGGAAAUUACAUUGUGCUUAUAGACCCCAAAGUUCAGGACAGGUAGAAAGGAUGAAUAGAACAAUCAAGGAGACUUUAACAAAAUUGUCGCUUGCAACUGGCACUAGAGACUGGGUCCUCCUACUCCCCCUAGCACUCUACCGCGCUCGUAAUACCCCUGGACCACAUGGGCUCACACCCUUUGAGAUCCUGUAUGGAGUACCUACUCCUAUCAUUAACUUUCUUGAUCAAGAUGUCUCAGAUUUUGCUAACUCCCCUUCUCUCCAAGCUCAUUUACAGGCCCUCCAACUAGUACAACGAGAGGUCUGGAAACCCCUUGCUCAAGCUUAUAAAGACCAGAGGGACCAUCCUGCCAUUCCCCAUUCCUACCAGAUCGGGAACACAGUCUGGGUUCGGUGUCACCAGACCAAGAACCUCGAACCCCGCUGGAAGGGACCCUACAUCGUUUUGCUUACCACUCCCACCGCACUCAAAGUAGACGGCAUGGCAGCUUGGAUACAUGCUUCCCAUGUAAAGCCAGCUCGACCCACUGAUUCAGCCACUGCAUCAGAAUGGACCGCGCACCACACUCAAAAUCCUUUGAAGAUAAGACUCUCUCGUACACCCUCCUGUUGA